UGUGUUCUGAAAUGAGUAACUUCUUAUUUCUGGUAAAUGAGAUGCUUCAGAUGAGUAAAGUCAGAUCUGUUGGGAACACUGGUCGUGACGUUUUUCAAUUGUCUAAACAGACGAAACCAAGCGCACGAACAGUGACAGCUGACGGCAGGUGGACGUCAGAUGGUCAGUGACGGUGUGGUGACAGUGAAUGGUGUGGGUAGUUCGGUGAUCUAGCAGGGUAAACGUUUGGGGUUGUGUUGGUGCCGUCAUUUCUUUUGGGGUUGAUGGAGAUUUUGAGCGACUUGUCUUACUAAGACUUCGGCCAAAAGUAGAGCACUGUAGUUCAUGAAAUUCUAAUUGUAAUGUGCCACUUUUGUAGAGAGUUUUAGGGAAAUUGAAAAUCGAAGAAACCAUGGCAGAAAAAUCUCUUAAACUUGGGCAACGUGUAGAAGUGACGGGUAAGGAUGUCAAAGGAUGUGUUGCUUACGUGGGAACUACAAUGUUUGCCGCCGGAAAAUGGAUUGGAGUUAUUCUCGAUGAACCCAAAGGAAAAAAUAAUGGUACUGUACAAGGAAAAACUUAUUUUCAGUGCCCAGAAAACUAUGGCAUGUUUGUGAGGCAGUCUCAAUUGACUCUUUUGGAUGAAGCUGGGACACCUGUGAGUGACCUUCCCAGUCCAGCACCAUCAGGAACGUCUUCAACAUUUGCUCAGGGUGACAGGGAUGCUCGUCGGUCUACACUCUCAGGUUCGCGUCUGUCACUUGUGAGCAGCCGUAGUCAAGGAGAGUUUCCAACAAAGGAUGAGUCGGGUCGUGAGGCUACCACCCCAUCUGCAUCGGAACCUACAUCGAAACGAGCUUCGUUUAUUGAGACAGGAUUUGUUGAAACACUGAAGCCACAGUACAUCCCUGGUCCUGCGAUGGUGUCUCCGGGUGCCAGCAUGACGACAUCGAUGGGUGGCGGAGGUGGUGCUGGUGGGUCAGUGGAGGAGCGCCUCACACAGCUGCAGAUGCAACAGGAGAUGGAAGGUCUGCGUGCUGAGGUGCGCGAUCUCAAUGAGAAGCUGGAGACGCUCAGAGCAAAGCGACAGCAAGACAAGGAGAAGUUGAAGGAGCAUGACAAGUUGCGUAUGCAGCUUGAACAGAUGGUGGAGUUCAAGACGCGCAUAAUGGAGUCGCAAGCAGCUUUGCAGCGUGACCUCCAGAGGGCCAAACAGGAGGCUCGUGAAGCCAUUGAUGCUCGAGAACGCCAUGCUGAUGAAAUGGCUGAUUUGGCUGAGACAGUUGAGAUGGCAACGUUGGACAAAGAGAUGGCUGAAGAGAAGGCAGAGACAUUGCAGCUGGAGUUGGAGCAGGUCCGGGAACGCCUUGAAGAAGUGACUCUUGACCUUGAAAUCCUCAAGGCCGAGCUGUCAGAGCGUGCAGGCGGCCCGCCCUCAGCAGACGGAAGUGCCCCGUCCUCGUUUGAGCUGAAGCAACUUCAGCAGCAGAAUGCUAGGCUCAGGGAGACACUUGUUCGGAUGCGAGACCUGUCAGCUCAUGAGAAGCAUGAAGCCGGCAAACUCCAAAAGGAGUUAGACCAGCGGAAGUCGGAGGUUCUGGAGCUGCAGCGCACCAAAGAGAAGCUGAGUGCUCGUGUGGAGGAGCAGGAACACCAAAUCGCAGACCUCCAGGAACAGGUUGAUGCGGCUUUGGGUGCAGAAGAGAUGGUUCAGCAGUUGGUUGACAGUAAACUGGAACUGGAAGAACGACUGAAGGAACUUCAGGAGACAGUGGCAGAACUGGAGGAGCUGCAAGACAUGAAUGAGCAGUUGCAGGAGGGCAGUCGUGAAUUGGAAGUGGAGCUGCGUGAGGAACUGGACCUUGCCAAGGCUGCCACCCGGCAGGCCCAAAGGGAGCUGGAGGCAAUGCAUGAGACACUGGCUGAUCGCGAUGCAACCAUCAUGAAGUUCCGUGAACUUGUGCAAAGGCAGCAGGACACGCUGCAGGAAACAAGAGCACAGCUAGAACGAGAGAGCAGCCGGCCUGUGUCUGCAUUGCCCACUGAUGUCAUUGACUUUCAGAAAAUGUUUGCCGAGACCAAAGCUCACACUAAGGCGAUUGAUCUGGAGCUUCGUAGGUUAGAUGUGCAGCAAGCCAAUGAACAUGUCCGGUAUCUUGCUGCCUACAUGCCAGACUCCUUCAUGACACGAGGAGGUGACCAUGAGGCUGUACUUCUACUAUUGCUGGUGCCACGCAUUAUCUGGAAGACAGAGAUUCUUUUGGCGCAGCUGAGAGACAAGUUCCCAACUGUAGAAAAAGUGGACAAGGCUGCUGUGACAAAGGACCAUGCAGUGGAACAGUUCGCGUACCGAUGCUGCGUCAGCUUCCACUUGUAUUGUCUGCAGACUGUACUGCAACAGUUCUGGCAUGCGUUGAGUGUGUGCACCCCAGAGGCCCUGCUGAAAGCGGGUGCCUCCUGGUCUGACAUGUCAGCACAAGAAAAGGCUGUAGAUGCGCUCUUGGAGCUUCUGAAGAGAGACAAGCUGGAUGAACACGUGAGCACUGAGGCACUGGAACGUUGCGUUAACUACUUCACUGCUGUCUGCCCCGUGGUCCUGGGCACGCCGUCUCCACCACACCACAGCCAGUUGGUACUCGUUGGCACACGCUCGCUGCAGGCAGCAUGCGAGGCUAUGACCACGCAGGGAGCUGCCCUUCGUGCUAUUGUGCAGGCUGGCCAGGAGCUGGGAGAAAUAGGACUGCUGGCACAGCAUGUAGCUACCCAGGGCGAUACACUUACCCAGCAGUUGAAGCAGGCUCGUCGCCGGCUACCUCAAGAGGGUGCGCCAUCACAACUGGGGUUGGCGAAUGAUGUUGUGUCUGGUCUUCAAGAGGCAUUCGUGCACUCUGGAAGGGUUGUGCGCACCCUGCAGGAGGUCUUACAUGCUGCUAUGCAGCAGAUUGGUCUCGGCGAAGAUGUGGAGUCUGGAGUGCCUCAUGAAAAACUACGAGAGUUCUCGCAUGUGGCAUGUGACCGAGUGUAUGAUGAGGACAAGGGGCCUGUGGAAUGUAUCAAGUCAUCAAUUCAACUCAUUUCCCGGGAAGUUACCAGGCUUUCCCAGUUCCUGGCUGACAAUGAGUAUGAAAUUAAUACCAUGUCCACAGCUGAGGAGAAGCCAACUGCUCCAAUAGUGCUUCGUGCUCAAACCGUAAAGAAGGAGCUGGAGGAGACCAAGAUCCUGCGCCACAAGCUGGAGAUGAAAGACACUGACAUCAAGGAGCUGAAGCUGACGGUGAAGUUGAAACAGGAAGAGCUAAGCGAAAUGACAAUUCGCAAAGACAUGGCAGAGAAGAAGCUGGGCAGCUCUCAUAAGGAUUAUGAACUAACCAUCGAGAAACUCAAGCGCAAAGUGGAUGACACUCAGCAGUUGCUGAAGCGCAAGGAGAAGGAAUUUGAGGAGUCGAUGGACCAUCUGCAGGCAGACAUUGAUUCACUUGAAUCGGAGCGAGGUGAACUGAAGGAGAAGCUGAAGAGCAUGACCAAGAAGGCUCUCUUUGAGGGCAUGGGCAAGUCAGCAGCGAUUUCAUCAGCUGCUCAACAGCAGGCUCAGAUGACAGCAGGACCGGGUUCCAUAGUAUCUAGCACGGAGGCUGUUCGUGAUUCUCCAUUACUUCUCAGCAAGAUUCAUGACCUAGAGGCAGCUCUCGAGCUGGCAAGAGACGAGAACUGGCGUCUGUGCACACAGCAAAUGUCGCAGAAGCUGGCAGCUUUGAAGCCUUUACAUGUUGCAGGAUACAAGCCGCCUCCAAAAUCACAGAAUGAGGAGACUGAACGUGAAGAAAGCAGACAGAGACAAGUGCGGCUAGCAGAACUCAUAAAGAAGGGUGAUGAAAUGAAGAAGUUGGAGGCAGCUCAGGAGAUAGUGAAAUGCAAAAGAGGAGGCAGUGUGUCAGCGGAUUUUACCACUUUCCCAACUCCAGAAAUGACAAAGGCAUUUGGUAAGACUGAAGCCAAAACUAUUGGAAGAGUCCAUAUUCCAUCUCAAACUGGAGAAUCGGGAGUGGUCCCAGUACUCCUCACUCCAGAUACCCUCUACCAAGUUCACUCAAGACUGCUAUCAGCAUUCUAAAGCUUGGCUUAGUCUAGUAUUUUGUCUACUAAAAAUAAGUAAAUUAACAAAAAAGUUAACUUGAUUUGCCUUGUUGAUCUUAGCUUUCUUGUUAAAACUCUGUAUAUAUUGUGAAAUUGUUUCUGUUCUGAAGAACAAAGUGCUACUGGAAUUGCUUAUUUAUAUUAUUUAGAAGUAGAGGUACUGCUAAUUUAUGAGUGGCUGUAUUACUUUGUUACUGUUUCCUUUUUGUGUCAUAUUUUAUUUCUAAGAUAAAAUUUUUAAAUCUAAAAAGGAAAAAAAGAAAAUAAAAUAAAUCACAAUGCUGUGAUUAACAACCUUGCAAUUUAUGAAAAGGCUUCUGGAUUCAAUUUAUAGGUUUGUUUUUGAAUUAUUUACCUGUAAUAUUUGUUUACAUUUUUUAGUUAAUUUGUUCCAGAAGGAACUGAAAGAACUCAUUUUCUAUUGUUAGUAAAUAUGUAUUAAUUGCUUACAAAUACCCUAAAAGAUGUAAAAAGAAUAAGGUUUUGAUUUAAGGCUGUAUUUCUAAACAAACUGUGGCAAAUAGUCAAGCUUCCUUAUUUGCGUACUUCAAAUUCUAUUUAUUUUCUUGUUUAUACAAAACAAAAUUUGCAGUUAAGAUAUUUAUGUGCACAAAACAAACACAUACUGAAAAUAAAAUCUAUAUGCUCUAUGUUCCCUUUUUCUAUGCCAAUCAUUAAGCAUUCC